AUGGUCGAUCGAAUCGCUCGAAUUCCAAACCUGGUGAUGGGUGGUGCAGGCUUCAGCUACCAGCUUCAUCCAGAUCCCGAGUCUCUACCAAUUCGGGAAAUACUUCUUCGCGCCUUCGACUUGGGCCUUCGUGCUAUUGAUACCUCUCCCUAUUAUGAGCCAUCGGAACAGCUAUUAGGGGCAGCACUGUCUCAUUCCGAUAUCAAGUCCAAGUAUCCACGGAAGGAUAUCAUACUCAUGACAAAGGUCGGCCGGAUCAAGGAGAGAGAAUUCAACUAUUCGCCAUCAUGGGUUCGCAAAUCGGUGAUGCGUUCACUAGACAGAUUCCAAACAACGUACCUUGACGUUGUCUUCUGCCACGAUGUCGAGUUUGUCACCAUGAAAGAAGUCAUGGGUGCUAUAGAAGUGCUUCUGGAGUUUCAGCGCGCGGGCAAGAUUAUUCGCGUAGGAGUCUCGGGCUACGACAUUGAGACUCUAGGUCAAAUAGCCACCAUGGUGCGAGACCGCUACGGAAGACCGCUAGAUAUUAUUCAGACUUGGGCGCAACUUACCCUACAAAACACCAAGGUCGAGUCAUGCGGGCUUGACCUGUUCCAGGCGGCCGGAGUUGCAUCUGUCUUGUGCUCUAGCCCGCUGGCAGUGGGACUCUUGCGCAACGGCGGCAUUCCCACCGGGCGGACUGGCGACUGGCACCCAGCACCGCAUGCAUUGAGGGAGGUUGUGCAAAUGGCAGCUGAAUGGGUCGAGGAGCAGUCUGAAUCCAUGGCAUCUGUUGCUUUGAGAUACGCCAUUGCCAAAUCGGUUUUGAACUGUCGUUCACACGUGGCUGUGUCAACGGUGGUGGGAGUCAGCACCAUGGCCGAGCUGGAGGAAAAUGUUGCCACAGCUAAAUCCAUUCUCAAAGCCGUUACCGUGGAUUCGUGCGCAGGGGGUCUGGGCGACUACACAGAGGUCGACGAGAUUGCCUACCGGCGCGACCAGCCAUUGUACAAUCAUAUCCAAGGUGCAUUGGGGCAUUGGCUUGAUUACGAUUUUGGUAGCACAAAAGUUGGAUCGUCAAAGCAGCUGAAAGACGUCGGCAUCACAAAUGGCAGCGAUUCGAUUGAAUCAGUGAAGACAUCGCGGCACAAUGCCUUCCUCUCCACAGCGCCAUCAGCAGCAGCCCUAUCUGGUAUCCGCUGGCAUGUAGCGAGGCCACUUUCUACUCUGGCACGGGUCAAGCAGCAAAGGGAGCGAUCGCAAGCAGCCAACCAGAUCCAUCAUAACAAGCGAGGAGCAGGCAUGGAGUCUACGGAGACGGGCCCCCAGUCAGCAGCAACUAAGCUACUGGUCGAACAGCCACCAGAUCAACGUAUGCCGCGGAUGCGCAAGAGAACUGCUCGGGCUUGCGAUCGCUGUAGCAGCCUUAGGGUGCGCUGCGAUGGCAGCAAGCCAUGCCCGAGUCAGGAUUCUCCAGACAAUACCACGAAUCUUGACGAGGGAGAAGGGCACAUCCCGGCUCAGCCUGCCUACCAAGAAGAAUUCCACGUCAUCACAGUUGCAGAUCGUGGCAAUACACAAUGUCCCAUCCAGUCCGAUACUUGCAAUCGACCGCAAAACGAAUCAUCCUUUUCACCUCUGGAUUUAACUCCCGGCACCAGUCCCGAAACCUAUACCAGUCUGGUGGCAUCAAGUGACAGCAGUAAUAAUCCAGAUGUCCCUGAACUAUCGGUCUCUGGACUUCCAGGAGAAGUUCUUGUGCACACGAACAAUGAUGCAGUUCGCAGCAUUCCUUUGGCCCAGCAGAUGCCGGCUGGACAUGCGCGACAACUCACACCGCCGAAGGAUUACUCAGGUAACGCACGGCCCAGCGACCUUCUGCUCUCCAGAUUCAAAUGCCUUCAACCAGUUCUCCCAAUGCUACAAGGCAUCAUCGACGAAAGUCUUGCCUGCAAGCUUCUCGAGUCAUAUUUCAGGGAACCAGGCCGGUCUUUAUUCGAAUGUGCAUCGCCAUAUGUGCUGACACAUGUACUUCGUAAAGAAUCAGUGCUGCGAUCGGAUAGUCCACGCCGCACAACCUGCGCAUUGUUGGUCACGAUUCUUUGGGCUGCUUCGCAGACUGCAGAUGACGACUUCUUCCUCGCUCCCGGCCGGAAAGCAACAGUAUGCGAGGAACUGAGGAAAUUGAUGAUUUCACUCAUUCACCAACGCGAUCAUGACUCCUGGGAUAGGGACACUUCCGGCAUGUACGUGAGGAACCAAGACUCUGAUACGGGCACCACUGGUCAGAAUUGGCAAUCAAACAACACUUUGCGGCGGCCGGCCUCCCAGGAAGCACCUCCCGUCCCAUCUGUUGACGACGUACUCACUCUCUUACUUCUAACAAUCGUUGUCUCCGGGGGGGACUUCAAGGCUGAUUGUUUUCGCUGGUGGCAUAAAGCCUUGCGUCUCUCUCGCCUCAUGGGCCUAAAUCGCGAGGAUGGCUUUGCAAAUGCCUUGAUGUCCUGCUGCACAGGAGGCACCAAUUGCGCGUGCCGCUCCUGCGAUGCCAUUCGGUCGCGUAUUAGCGUGCCCGAAGUUCAAGAAGAGAGGCGACGCGUGUUCUGGCUCAUGUUUUGUCUGGAUCGACACUUGGCGCUGUCACUCAACUCACCAGUGCACAUUCUCGAUCAUGAUUGCCUUAUAUAUCGCCCAAGGCCAGAUGACGAAUGGGAAGCCCUUGACCCAAACUCUUGCGCGGACUAUGGCCUGAGAGGCAGGGUGUUAGGACCACCCACGACCAUUUCAGGAACGAGCUUUUGUGACUACUUUUUACCUUUGAUGGCAAUUCUAGGUGAUGUGAUACAUUUGCAUCGACGUAAGUCUCAUCCACGCUUCUCUGGAGCCCGGCAAAGCAAUGGGCUUGAUGCAGAUACUGCAACUGUCGAAGGUGUGCUUGAUGAUUGCGAGAGAAGCAUUGACAAUCUGGCACGACUGUACGGCGUAGAUACUCUCGAUGGGGUUCCAAUUGCAAUGUCAAGCGGUCAUAUGACAUCGUCUCCCUUGGGCAUAUCGCAGCAAGGAUUGCCUGGAGCGCCACCGCUCACCCCUCUGCCUCAGCAUCCAGUUUCCUCUAUAGGUCCACCUUUCGCACCGUCCCAUGACCUGCCAACAGAUCUUCGUCCUGGUUCUCCGGACCAGCCCACGAAUAUCUCCGAGGCCAGAAAGCGGUCGAGUGAAGCAGCACACCGUAGCCAGGCGCGGCUCGUCACCGUGUACAGCAAAUUCAUUCUGCAUGUGCUGCAUGUUCUCUUGCACGGCAAAUGGGAUCCCAUUUCAAUGUUGGAGAAUGCCGACGGCUGGAUCUCCUCGGUCGGGUUUGUCAAGUGCGCAUCGCACUCAAUUGCCGCCUCUGAGGCCGUCUCGGAGAUAUUGGCCUGUGAUCCGGAGCUGGCUUUCAUGCCGUAUCUCUUUGGUAUCUAUUUACUGCAUGGAAGUUUUAUUUUAUUGCUCUUUGCAGACCGUAUGCCACAAAUCGGACUAAAUGAGUCGGUGGAGCGAGCAUGUGAAAUAAUCAUCCGUGCUCACGAGGUUUGUGUCGUAACGCUUAGCACCCAGUUCCAGAUACGAUUCCGAAAGGUGCUUCGAUCUACCUUGUAUAGUGUUCGCAGUGCGGGAGAACCGUCUACAGCGGAAGAGAGUGCGUCUCGUCUGCGGGUAUUGUCCUUGUAUAGAUGGAGUGGAGGGUUCACAGGACUUGCGGCAUAG